AUGAAGAGAUUGUUAACGCUGUCGUCGUUGUUUCUUAGCACAUGCAAUGAUGAUCAACAAGAUUCAAAUGAACAAGAAGAAGAAUGUACAAAGGAGAUAGAUCAAUUUAUUCAUAAUGAGCAACAAAGUAAAGAUGAUCACUAUCAUCCAUUAUACAAUUAUAAUAAGGGACAAGUUGAAUAUUCAUUACCAUGGCCGAUCAUUGGUAGAAUAUUGGAUUUGGUUUGGUCGUGGUCGUCUAUUUGUACAUGUUACUAUAGUGACCAAUCAAUUAAAGCACUGAGGGCUCAAAGACUUGACCCUACUCGAUUUGUCUAUCACAAGAGUACACCAAGGAAUCAAUCAUUGUGGGAUGUCUACAAAGAGUCAAGAAUGAAGUGUCCAAUGCAUUCGUAUCACUAUCAGUUGUUGAAUGAUCGGAUUGUUGUGCCAUCAACAACAACAACAACAACAACAACAACAACAACAACAACAACAACAACAACAACAACAACAACAACAACAAAUAUAUUCAUCGAUGCUUUAUAUUUGUUGAAUGGUCACCGUGACCGAUCAUUAAUGAUCGAGGAGGAUAUUGUCAACAUUACUUUAAAUGAUAAAAAGAGGAGAUGGAGGUAUCAACUUUUAGGUAUAUCUAAAAGAGUACAUCGAUUCCUAUCAUCAAAGUAUUUGACUUGUUUAGUUAUUAAACCAACAACAACAACAACAAAAGCAGCAGAGUCAGAUUAUUGGAAACACCUAAACAAUCCAUAUUGUCCAAUUAAAGAUAUAAGGGUAGUCACCUUGGUAGAUACAUUAAAGGAUGAUAUUCCAACAACAACAACAACAACAAAAGCUACUACUUGUAAUAGUAUAUUCAACUCUGUAGAUAAACUAAAACUAGACAACUUUUUAGUCAAACAACACCAUGUCAAAGAGUUGCCUCAAAUAUUCGGACAUGUCAAAUCGAUCAACGUCAAGAUAACAACAAUGGCCGUACCAAAGAGAGAUUACUCUCAACAAUUCCUAAUAGGUUUUAAUAAUCUCACAUCGAUUAAUUUAAGACUAUUUCGUUCAAACUUGGAUGUAUUUCUAGAGACACUAUCAAAAAAGACAACUUCAACUUCAACAACUUCAACUACAACUACAACAUUAUUAGUAACCAAACUUUUACUUCCAAGUAGAUGUAUAUUUAUAGAGGUUAAUGAGAAAUUAGCCAAUACUCUUUUAAACAGUAAUAUUGUACCGCCACAACAAAUGCCAAACCUUGAAAUAUUUCAUUUAGAGGAUUCAUCACUUGAACCAUCUCAUAUUAAAGAAGGGUUUAGUGAAUUAAAUGUUUACAAGGUAGUGAUUGACCAUAACUUUGAAAUCACCGAUCUAAUGAUCAAUAGUUUUGCAGCGUGUAGAUAUCAAUACCAUGGAUCAACAUUUAAACAAUCACCAACUAGACAAUUUACAUUUACAAAAUCAAAAAUUAUAUUACCAGAAAUUAUAAUAGAACAACCAAAAGAAGAAAUAAAUGGAUCAUAA